GAUCUAGCCCUGCCACGAACGAUGAUUUCGCGGUUAGCAAAGGGUGUCCUACCACCAAACACAUCAAUCCACAAGGAUGCUCUGCUGGCAUUGAGCAAGAGCUGUACAGUAUUUGUGAAUUUCCUGGCAUCUAACUCAAAUGAAUACGCUCAACUUGGCGGCAAGAAGACAAUCCAGCCCGCAGACGUGAUAGCCGCGCUCAAAGAAAACGAAUUCGAACACUUCAUUCCCCGGCUCGAAGCAGAACUCAAGAGUAAUACUCUCGUAUCCUUGUCCAAAAGUUUAGCAUUCUAA